UGACCAUAUUUCUCAUAUACAACAAUAAACAGACUUUAUCAUUCUCUCUAAUCUUGAUCUUGCAUGGAGUUGGAUCUAAGCUUCCCAGAGAAAAAACCCUUUCUUUCUAGGAUUUGCUCUAACACCAAAUCAGAGAUCCCCAUAGAAGAGAACACCACCUUCACAUACCAAAACAAUUUGAUCAAUUUCCAGCAUCUUUCCCUAAAUGAUCCAAACCAUGAACACUCUACAGGUUUUCCCAUUGAGGGUUCUUCCUCUUUCACCACUCCAUUAUUCUCUUUGUCCUCGACAACUCCUCCUUUAGGCUACCCCAACGAGUCGCUCCAAAGAGGCUUUCUCAACACCUAUUACUCCAUGAAUUUUGUACCAAAUAACACCAAAGUUGAAUUCAUGCAUGGAUCCCUCAACACCAACAAGGGAAUCUGGGACUUUUCUAAUAAAAAUCCCCUUCCCUCUAGUGCAAAUGCAACUUCACAACCUCAGGUGCAGAGGAAGAUUACUCCCAACUUUCGAAAUAAUAUUAUAAACAAAAUCAAAAGCCAGUGGAGUGCCGAAGAGGAUAGAGUCCUCUUGAAAUUGGUGAAACGCUUCGGACUCAAAAAAUGGUCUCAGAUCUCCAGGUUGCUGAAAGGCAAGAUUGGGAAACAGUGUAGAGAGAGAUGGCACAAUCAUCUCAAGUCAAAGAUUAAGAAAGUGGCAUUAAAUGAAGAGGACAAACUAUUGAUCAAAGCUCACAAGGAAUUUGUGAAUAAGUGGGCAAAAAUUGCAAGGAGAAUGUCUGGUAAGACUGAGAACACCAUCAAGAACAAUUGGAGUGCUACAAAGUGUCAACUGAAUAAUGCAAUAAAGCAUAGGGUUAAGUGCACCACCUCAAAAGGAGCAAUAAGGCUUUAUCAAAGCUACAUGAGGCAAGUCACCAAGGUUGAGAAGGAGUUGAAGAAACCCAUGAACAACCUCUAGAUCAAUCUUUCUAAUUCUGGUGUGCCUAUAGAUGUUACGAGUUUCAUUCACAACUUUGUUAUAUUCUUAUGUGAUGUUAGAUGUAUCUCACUACCUAUUUUAUGUUGUUUGUGUUUGGAUUGAGCACCAUUUAGAGGUAAUUGAGUUUGUUGAGGAGGUGGAUGUAGAGAAUGUUCGUCCUUCUUAUGUCGACAUUAUGCUCUAGUAGAAUGUAACAAUAGGGCAUUAUUUCUGAAUGUUUAUGAUUUAUGCUUAUCCUUAUGUUUUAUUUAUGUUAAAAGCUUUGGUUAUUAUUAUAAUGGCCU